AUGACUGAUAUGGUAUCACCUUCUAAGAGAAGCGUAGAAGAGGUGGACAAUGAUUUAUUAGCACUAGCAGCAGAACAAAACCAUGUCCAUAAUGAACAACAGAAGAAGAAAAGAAGACGUCAAUAUGCUCCUAUGACUCAAUAUAAUACAAAUUCUGCUGCCACUCAAUCCGCUUCGGUAAAUUCCGACAGUAAUAGUAGGAAGGAUGAUUUACCUUGUGGUUACAUUAAGAAAGUUAUUCUAAGAAAUUUCAUGUGUCAUGAACAUUUCGAAUUGGAUUUGGGUCCUCGUUUGAAUUUCAUUGUUGGUAAUAAUGGUAGUGGUAAGAGUGCAGUUUUAACUGCCAUCACUAUCGGGCUGGGUGCUAAGGCAAGUGAUACUAAUAGAGGGAAUGCUAUGAAGGAUUUGAUUAGAGAAGGUUGUUAUUCGGCUAAAGUUACAUUAGUGUUGGAUAAUAGUCAUGCUGGUCCUUAUAAUCAUGGUACCUUUGGAGAUGAAAUUAUCAUCGAGAGAACUCUUAGAAUGGAAUCCGCUCCAACCUAUAGUUUAAGAACUGAAAAUGGUAAAGAAGUAAGUAAUAAGAAAAAAGACGUUCAAACUGUAGUGGAUUUCUUUUGUGUUCCAGUUAGUAACCCAAUGUGUUUCUUGUCUCAAGAUGCUGCUAGAUCGUUUUUAACUGCUAGUACUUCCCAUGAUAAAUAUAAUCAUUUCAUGAAGGGGACACUAUUACAAGAAAUCCGCGAUAGUUUAAAUAAUGCACAAGAUAUUCAAGCAGAUGUGGUUCAAAAUAUGGCUUUCCAUUAUGAUAAUAUUGCCAUUUUAAAAAAUGAAUAUGAAGAAUCUAAAAAACUUUUAAGAGAAUUAAAUCAAACUUCUAAUUUGGCUCAAAGGAAAAGAUUAUUGCAGGGGAAAUCUCUUUGGAUCGAUGUUGAUAAAAAUCAUGAAAUUUAUUCCAAAUUAGAAAAUGAAGUUACACUCAAUGAAAAGAAAAUUACUGAAACUAUGGAAAAGAUUAAGAUGAGGAAGGCUAAAAUAGAUAGAUAUACAGCAGAUCAAAAAUCCGUAGAAGAAGAAACGGCAUCUAAAGUUGUCCUGGUCGGUGAAAAGGAUGAAGCUCAUCAAGCUGUUCGGGAUCAAUUAAGAGCAGUUAGAAGUGAGUUCGACAAAGAAAAGGAAAACCAGAAAGAAGCAGAAAACGGGAUUAGCGAAUGUAAAAGAAGAAUCGAGACUUUAAACAGAACAAUAGAACAUUUGGAACAAGAAUUGGAAAAGCAAAUGGGUGGUGACAGAGGGAAAAUGAAGGAAGAACUUGCUCAAUUACAAGCUGAAAACGAACAACUAAGGGAUAAGGUAGAAAACAUAUCAAAUGAAUUAUUGGAAAUGCAGGAUAAAGAACGUACAAUUGCUGCCGAACGUCAGCAAGAUCUACGAACCAUAGAACAUAACAUUCAAAGCAAAAGAAACGAAUUACAAAAGAUUGCACAAGGUAACAAUAGUUUUUUGACCAAUUUUGAUCAAAAUAUGGACCGUUUAUUACUUCAAAUAAAACAAAGAUCAGGUGAAUUCUCAUCAAUACCCUUAGGCCCCUUGGGAUCUUUUGUAAGUGUAAAGGCUGGUUUUGAAAAAUGGUCGCGGUCCAUCCAAAGUGCGAUUUCAGGGACCCUAGGCUCAUUUGUUGUUUCUAAUCAAAAGGAUGCUUCCAUACUGCGUAAUAUGAUUAAGAACUGUGGCAUAAAGGCUAAUAUCCCAAUUAUCACCUAUAAACUUAAACAUUUCGAUUAUUCCCAAGGUAAAGCUCAAACUAAUUACCCGACAAUAUCCGAUGCUUUGGAAUACUCUAAUCCCUCGGUAGAAUUUGUUUUCGUUGAUCAUAACAGAAUUGAAAAAGUUAUCUUGAUCGAAGAUAAAGAUGAAGCAAGAUCUAUACUAAAAUCAAAACCUCAUAACGUCAGUAUGGCACUUUCAUUUAGAGACCAAAGUUCAGGAUUUCAACUGAUUGGUGGUAGCCGUCUAGAUACUGUUUAUUAUCAACCAAAAAUGAAAUUAAAGGUUGGAUCUUCUUCUGAUGAUGGUGCUUCAUAUAUUAAGGAUUUGAUAACUCAAGAAACUGAAGAACUUCAAAAUACUAGAGACCGCUAUGAACGACAAAUAAAUCAGAUACGUUCAGAAUAUUCAGGUAUGGAAAAAAUAUCGCGCGAACAAAAGGCUCAAAUGCAAAGAAAUAGAUCCAGGAUAAAUAAAUUGAAGAUAAAUGUUGGCAAAGCAGUGGAUACAGGUAUCUUAACGACGAAAAUUAAUGAACGUAAAAGUCAAGAACAAGCAAUUAUCGGUUAUGAGGCAGCAAUAAAUGAAUUAGAGAUAAAGAUAAGAGAAAUUGCAGCAACUGCAGAACCUUUGAAAGAACAUUAUGAUAAAACGAAAAAUGAAUUCAAUGAGCUUCAAGCUACAUUAGGACAGUUGAGGGAUGAUUAUAACACAUAUAGUGCAAAGAUUGAAGCUUGCAAAGAUGACAUUAAACAUUAUGAAGAUAAAAAACUUUCAUAUGAAAAAACUAUCGAACAUCUCAAUUCAAAUAUCAUAGCAACGAGGGAUGGUAUUCAGAAGAUAACAGACAGUGCCAAUGAACUUUGUACACGUGAACAACUAGAAGGCAUGGACCUUCCGGAAGAUCAGCAAGCUAUAAAAAAUGAACUUGGGAGGAUAUCUCAGCAGAUACAAAGAGCUGAAAAGAAUAUAGGGUUUUCUCACGACAAAGUUGUCGAUUUAUUUGAAAAAAGUAGAGAUAAAUAUAAAGAUGCUGAGAAAAAAUUUGGUUCCGUUGAUAGAGCUCUUAGACAACUUCAACAUUCAAUUGAAGUUCGUUCUCAAAACUACACUAAUAUUCAGAACAAUACAUGUCUUGAAGCUGAUUUAGAUUUUAGAGCGUCUUUAAAAGUUAGAAAAUUUACAGGUAAUUUAACUUUCCAGAUUGCAGAAAGGAAAUUAGACAUGCUGAUAUUGACGGCAAAUGAUGAAAAGGCUAGAAAUGUCGAUACGUUAUCUGGUGGCGAAAAAUCCUUCUCACAAUUAGCUUUAUUACUUGCAACAUGGAAACCAAUGCGUUCUAGAAUCAUUGCUCUUGAUGAAUUUGAUGUCUUUAUGGACCAAGUUAACAGAAGAAUUGGUACUACAUUGGUGGUAAAGAAAUUAAAGGAUUUAUUAAGAACUCAAACUAUCAUUAUUACUCCGCAGGACAUUGGAAAAAUUGCGAAUGUUGAUAGUGAAGGUGUUAAUAUACAUAGAAUGAGAGAUCCUCAAAGGCAAAAUAAUUCAAACUUCUACGUGUAA